GGGCCGUUGCAACUUUUUUUUUUUUGUGCUUCCCUCACUAACUAACCAGCAGCAAAUCUACCGCCCACCCGUCCUCGUAGAUCAGCGACAUCGCGAGACGCCGACAAGAUGGGUAUCGAUCUCAAGAAGCACCACGUGCGCAGCACGCACCGCAAGGCCCCCAAGAGCGACAAUGUCUACCUGAAGCUCUUGGUGAAGCUUUACCGCUUCCUGGCCCGCAGGACCGACUCCAGCUUCAACAAGGUUGUCCUCCGCCGCCUCUUUAUGUCGCGCACCAACCGCCCUCCCGUCUCCCUGUCGCGCAUCGCAGGCAACCUGAAGAACGGCAACGAGAAGAAGACCGUUGUCGUUGUCGGCACCGUCACCGACGACAACCGCCUGGUUGAGUGCCCCAAGACCCAGGUCGCUGCCCUGCGCUUCACUGCCACCGCCCGUGCCCGCAUCAUUGCCGCCGGCGGCCAGGCCAUCACCCUCGACCAGCUGGCUCUUGAGAAGCCCACUGGUGCCAACACCCUCCUCCUCCGUGGCCCCAAGAACGCCCGCGAGGCUGUCAAGCACUUCGGCUUCGGUCCCCACAAGCACAAGAAGCCUUACGUCCAGUCCAAGGGCCGCAAGUUCGAGAAGGCCCGUGGUCGCAGACGAUCGCGUGGUUUCAAGGUCUAAAUGGCCUUGCUCACCUCUUUCGGGGUCUCUUUUUGUUUUUAUUCAAUGGGCUUGUUACUGCUGGCUGUUCUCGUGGGUUGACGCAAGAAAACGAUAUCCAUGUUGUCUCUUACGGUCGUCUUUGGGGACUCUUUAGUCAGUACUCUCAAACAACAGGAGUUUGCAUGGGUUUCGGCGUGGAAAUGGGCAACAAAAGAAUAUUCAUGAGCUUUCGGAAUGCAAAUAUGAAAUUGAGAUGCCCUGAGGCCCUUGAAUCUUAUACUAU